CAGUAUUUUGUUGAGCUCCAAGAUUUGGGGGUUUAUAUAUAAGAAAUAAUUUUUGUGUGUUUCUAUUACAAAUGUCGAGAUUUCAAUACAACAGUAAUUGUGGCUACCAUAACAAAAUGGAUUUAUUAUUAUUCCAGGACCCUUCACUAUCAGCUCAGCUUUCCCGAGGACUGAGUGCUGCACCAAACCUUGAACAAAUACAUUUUAGGGACAUGAUGACGAACUAUGUGAUUAUCAAAUGUCAGACAGUGGCAGAUUUUGACAAGGCAUUUUGAGGAAUCCAACACAUUUUGAAUUUUAAAUCAUAAAUAAUAAAUUGUGGAGAUGCUAUGACAAAUAAAUGUGAUAUGAAGCGGUUGUCAGAUCCUUAUUUUGGGCCUCAACAAGGUCUGGGUCUGCCCAGGAUAUCUAAGCGUGUUCAUGAGAGGAACAGGGUCUGAGUUAAAGGACAGUGGUUAGUGUGUGUUGUUGUUACAGGAAGAACCACCAGCAGUUUGACUGAGCUUGCUUCAUUAGUGAAAUAUGCAGAGUCAGAACUGGUCGGACUGCAUAGAUCAACCUGACUGUUUAUACAAUGGCAUGAGACCUGAUGUGUCCUGUUGUGAUGUGUCAUGUUGUUAUGUUAGUGUGAAGGUGGGGGCUCUGCUAUGAGUCGGUGUGAGGACAGGGACAGGGGAGUCCCUCCCCCUAAAACCAGUCCACGGUGGGACCAUGAGAUCCAGACCAAAGCUCAGAGCCCAGAGCAGCAGCACAGACCAGACUCUGCUGGACCUGGACCUGAUCCAGGACCUGAACCCAGCUGUGUGUCCUUGAAGAGUGACAGGUCUAUCGGUCACCCCAUGAACUUCAAAGAUGGACAGCAUGUUUCUGAUCUGAGACUAGGACCUCCUGAACCUGAACCCAGCUGUGUGUCAAUGAAGCGUAACAACUCUAAAAACCACCCUGUGAACUUUAAGAAAGAGCAGGACUCUGCUGAUCAAAGAGUCCAGCAGCAGAGCUCAGAGGCUCUCAGAGGUCAGUCUGCCCAGCAGCAUCAAACAGACCUGGACUCCAUAUUUAAGCUUCUGGAGGAGAACGUUGUCAGUUUCGUGAAGAACGAGCUGAAGAAGAUCAAGAGGUCUCUGAGUCCAGAUUACCCAGAAUGCUCAGAGUCUCAGAGGGAGGAUGAGGAGGUGUUGGGCAGUGAGGAUGAAGAGCAGAGGAGGAGCAGCAGAGAGUCGUUUCUGAAGAUCACAGUGAACUUCCUGAGGAGAAUGAAGCAGGAGGAGCUGGCUGACUGUCUGCACAGCAAAAAUUUUGCUCCACGGUGUCAAAGUAAACUGAAGAAAAACCUGAAGGAGAAGUUCCAGCGUGUGUUUGAGGGGAUCUCUAAAGCAGGAAACCCAACCCUCCUCAAUCAGAUCUACACAGAGCUCUACAUCACAGAGGGAGGAGCUGCAGAGGUCAAUGAUCAGCAUGAGGUCAGACAGAUCGAAACAGCAUCCAGGAAACCAGACAGACCAGAAACUACCAUCACACAACAAGACCUCUUUAAAGCCUCACCUGGAAGAGACGGACCAAUCAGAACAGUGAUGACAAAGGGAGUGGCUGGCAUUGGGAAAACAGUCCUAACACAGAAGUUGACUCUGGACUGGGCUGAAGACAAAGCCAACCAGGACAUACACUUCACAUUUCCAUUCACGUUCAGAGAGCUGAAUGUGCUGAAAGAGAAAAAGUUCAGCUUGGUGGAACUUGUUCAUCACUUCUUCACUGAAACCAAAGAAGCAGGACUCUGCAGGUUUGAAGACGUCCAGGUUCUGUUCAUCUUUGAUGGUCUGGAUGAGUGUCGACUUCCUCUGGACUUCCACAACACUGAGAUCCUGACUGAUGUUACAGAGUCCACCUCAGUGGAUGUGCUGCUGACAAACCUCAUCAGAGGGAAACUGCUUCCCUCUGCUCGCCUCUGGAUAACCACACGACCUGCAGCAGCCAAUCAGAUCCCUCCUGAGUGUGUUGAUAUGGUGACAGAGGUCAGAGGGUUCACUGACCCACAGAAGGAGGACUACUUCAGGAAGAGGUUCAGAGAUGAGGAGCAGGCCGGAAGGAUCAUCUCCCACAUCAAGACUUCACGAAGCCUCCACAUCAUGUGCCACAUCCCGGUCUUCUGCUGGAUCACUGCUACAGUUCUGGAGGAUGUGUUGAAAAGCAGAGAGGGAGGAGGGCUGCCCAAGACCCUGACUGAGAUGUACAUCCACUUCCUGGUGGUUCAGUCCAAACUGAAGAAAGUCAAGUAUGACAGAGGAUCUGAGACGGAUCCACACUGGAGUCCAGAGACCAGGAAGAUGAUGGAGUCUCUGGGGAAACUGGCUUUUGAGCAGCUGCAGAAAGGAAACCUGAUCUUCUAUGAAUCAGACCUGACAGAGUGUGGCAUCGAUAUCAGAGCAGCCUCAGUGUACUCAGGAGUGUUCACACAGGUCUUUAAGGAGGAGAGAGGACUGUACCAGGACAGGGUGUUCUGCUUCGUCCAUCUGAGUCUUCAGGAGUUUCUGGCUGCUCUUCAUGUCCAUCUGACCUUCAUCAGCUCUGGAGUCAAUCUGCUGUCAGAUGAACAACCAACAUCCUUGUUGUGUCAUGUAUUUAGAGACAGCCUGAAGGAUCCCUACCAGAGUGCAGUGGACAAGGCCUUACAGAGUCCAAAUGGACACCUGGACUUGUUCCUCCGGUUUCUCCUGGGUUUUUUACUGGAAACCAAUCAGACUCUCCUCCGAGGUCUGCUGACACAGACAGGAAGUGGCUCAGAGACCAACCAGAAAGUGACUGACUACAUCAAGAAGAAGAUUAAUGAAAAUCUGUCUCCAGAAAAAAGCAUCAACCUGUUCCACUGUCUGAAUGAACUGAAGGACCAUUCUCUACAGGAGCAGAUCCAACAGUCCCUGAGCUCAGGAUGUCUGUCCACAGAUGAACUGUCUCCUGCUCAGUGGUCAGCUCUGGUCUUCAUCUUACUGUCAUCAGAAAAAGAUCUGGACGUGUUUGACCUGAAGAAAUACUCUGCUUCAGAGGAGGCUCUUCUGAGGCUGCUGCCAGUGGUUAAAGCCUCCAGCAAAGCUCUGCUGAGUGGCUGUAACCUGACAGGGAGAAGCUGUGAAGCUCUGGCCUCAGUCCUCAGCUCCCAGUCCUGUAGUCUCAGAGAGCUGGACCUGAGUAACAACAACUUGUGGGAUUCAGGAGUGAGGCUGCUGUCUGCUGGACUGAAGAGUCCACACUGUAAACUGGAAACUCUCAGCCUGUCAGGCUGUCUGAUCACAGAAAAAGGUUUCACUUCUCUGGCCUUAGCUCUGAAGUUCAACUCCUCCCACCUGAGAGAACUGGACCUGAGCUACAAUCCCCCAGGAAACUCUGGGGUGGAGCUGCUCUCUGCUGGAUUGGACGAUUCGCAGUGGAGACUGGACACUCUCAAGGUGGACCAUGGUGGGGGACAGUGGUUAAAACCUGGUUUGAGGAAAUAUGCCUGCUGCAAACCGGAGCUGGACACAAACACAGCAAACAGACACCUCAAACUGUCUGACAACAACAGGAAGGUGACAGUAGUGCAAAAGGAGCAGCCAUAUCCUGAUCAUCCGGAGAGAUUUGACUGCUAUCAAAUCCUGCAUAGGAACAGUCUGACAGGCCGUUGUUAUUGGGAAGUUGAGUGGAGGGGAUGGGUUGAUGUUGGUGUCACUUACAAAGGAAACAGAAGGAAAAGAAACACUGCUGACAGUCGGCUGGGAAGAAAUGAUCAGUCCUGGAGUCUGAAGUGCUCUGAUGGUGGUUACUCUGCCUGGCACAGCAACAGAGAAACAGUAAUCCCUAUCCAGCCAUUCUCGUACAGAGUAGCAGUGUAUGUGGACUGUCCUGCUGGCUCUCUGUCCUUCUACAGUGCCUCCUCUGACUCACUGACUCACCUCCACACCUUCGACACCACAUUCACUGAACCACUUUAUCCCGGGUUUUUGUUCUGGUCGUUUGACUCCUCAGCGUCGCUGUGCAAUCUGUAGGAAGGAGAAUAACAGUUUUCACUAACAGUGUUUUUACUUUGUGUUUCCUACAAGAUACAGUACAAUAUUCCUACAACAUCGGCUUGCUGAACAUUUUUAACAAUUCUGAUAAUGUCCUCUCGCUGUGGAGCCUCACCUGUCCCGUAGCUGUGUUCAGUCUUGUCCUAUCCCAUCUUCUUGCCACACUCAUCUGCACACCCACACCAUCCAUCCUCAGCCAAUCAACAGAUCUACCAGCCCCUCUACCACAGCCUGAAGGUCUGGUCACACCAGCAUUUAUAACAGCCAACAGUUUUAGUUCAUUUCUAUGGAAUCAGUACAAUUAGUAGAUUCACUGGCUGUGUGAAAUAAACUUUGAUGAACUGUAUUUCACAAAUUUGUGAUACUGACCAAUAACAAGCUGUCUUGAUAGAGUUGACUUUUGAGGGAAAAGAGAAAAUGGAGGAAGCUGCGUCACCAUUCAGUUUUAUUGAUCCACCUGUGUCAGAAUAUACACUGCUACACAACUGAGACAUUAUCUAAAAACCGUUCAUAAACUGUGGAGGCUUUUUGUCCUGUUUAGCUUGAAGAACUUGAAUGACUUUGUCAGUUGACAGAAAGCUCAUUGGCUUGUAGAGCUUUAUUUUCACGUCGAAAGCUUUUAUAGAACAAACUGGUGAACAGUGUUGAAUAAUGAGCUAUUUUGACCAAUUAGUGUUUGUCCGUUAGCAGUCAGCUUACCAUCUGCAGCAGUUCAUCAGCUAGCCCUGUCAGUAAAGUCAACACAUCACCAAGUUUCUUGCACAAAUACUUUGUAAAGACAUGCAGAUUCAUUUAAUUACUCCACUUCCUGCUGUGACCAGGCCUUUAGCCCAGUUACCUGCCUAACAAUGACUAAAAGCAUAAGCACAUGUUGAGUUUAUCAAGCUAAACCUUGUACAUCCAACCAUCCACCCACCACCUCAGAUCUGUGUUGCUCUUCUGCUCAAAAACAUUGGCAGUGAUUGUGACCGUGUUGUUUGUAUUUUCUCACAAAACAAGAUGAUGGAGCGUCGCUGUCUUUGAAAAGGUAAAAGUUUCCGACAGAAACUGUCAGAAUAUGUUUGAGGGUAAUGGGACUUCACAAUAAUGUUACUCAAUAAUAUUAUUGCUUCUGCCAAUCUAAUGUAAGCUACUGAUACUGCUGUGAUGGAAACACAGUGCGUAUAACCUCUGACAUUUGAUGUGUGCAAUGAACAUUUAUUUUGCUACCACAAAAGCAUCAUCAGUUCUUUAUUUAUGUUAAUGUUUCUGUAUUGUUAUAACACAUUUAAUGAAUCAUUUGUUAAAUACAUAAAUUUGAAAUUUUACAAAAUCCUUUGUCAGUUUGUAUAAAAUCAUCUACAGACAAAAUGUAAAAGUUGUCAAGAACAUUUUGAAUGACACUCAAAAGUUAUUUA